ACAUGUAUUCUAUUUUUAUAUAUUUUUUUUAAUUUAGCUUAAUUUUGCAGCUUGGAAAGGGAACGAACGACAAACUUAACAACAAAAGAGCGCCGGUUGGGAACAGGGUGCUGGAAAAGCACAAGACUUUUCAAUAAUCCAUUUGUGUUAGGGUUUGGUCUCUCUCAUCUCAUCUAAACCACCGCGAUCAGAAGAAACACACACCUGAAUAGCAAUUGCGACACGCCGAAGCAUCAUUCAUAGUCAAUUCCCCACCUCCGGCGACCCAUUUCGAUGGAGACAUUGUUUGGAAACUAGGGUUAGAGGGAGCUUUUGCUUUGGAUCAUAUAGGGGGUCUGCUGGAGCAAAUGAGAUUAUGAUUUUGUAGUUUUGCUCAGUGAUUGUGAGAAGGUUCUUGGGCAAAAUGACAAUAUCCAAACACAGCUUUUCUCGAAUUGACACAUUGGAGCUGAAAGCUCUGAUUGUUAGGAAGGUUGGUCAUCAAAGAGCUGACAAGUACUUUGAUCAGCUUCGAAGAUUAUUGAGUUCAAAGAUAAGCAAGUCAGAGUUUGACAGGAUUUGCACUGUGAUAAUUGGGAGGGAAAAUAUCCCUCUUCACAAUCGACUCAUUAGAGCAAUUUUGAAGAAUGCUUGUCUGGCUAAAGUCCCACCUGUGAGAGGCUCUGCAAGAGUUGGGAGUGCCACCAGUGUAAAAGAUUCAAAUGGGUCGCAGAGAGGCUCUGCUCAAUCGCUGUUUGGGGAAGCAUUUCCUCCUUCCAUGCGGAGGAUCAGCUCUUUGGCUGCUCGAGACUGUAGGUUCAAGGGACGCCAUAAUGCUUUUGGGCCGCUGGGCAAGCCUCAUUUUGGUCUUGCGUCUGAAGAAUUGGUAUAUAAGACACUGGAGCAGCAGAGUGCAACAGAACUGAAUUCCCUUGGCAGUAGACCUCCGAUUUCUGUUGAAGAGGGAGAAGAGGUUGAACAGAUGGCUGGAAGCCCCAGCAUUCAAAGUAGGAGCCCAGUUACAGCUCCUCUCGGUGUAUCCAUGAAUUUUGGUCGUGGUCGUAGACUUCAUUCUAAUGUAUCAUUAUGUAGCAAAGAUUAUCCAGAGACCUGUCACAGCAAUGGAUAUCUCCCUGACACUAGAUCUUUGAGGAAUUGUUUGGAGCAAAAGUUGGAGAAGGAGGGUUUAACUGCAACAGUGGAUUGUGUAAAUCUAUUGAAUAAUGCACUGGAUUCGUAUCUGAAGAGGUUGAUUGAGUCCUUUAUGGAUUUAGCUGGAUCAAGAUUUGGAAAUGAGCAUCUAAGACAGCAAAACAGACAGUUGGUAACCAGUUCAAAUGUAUUGCUACCUGGAAGAUGUAUGCAGACAGCAACAAGAUCUGCCAGUGCAUCUGUUUUAGAUUUUCGUCUUGCAAUGGAGUUAAAUCCACAAGUUCUUGGACCAGAUUGGCCCAUACAACUAGAGAAGAUUUGCAUACGUGCCUCUGAAGAGUGAAGCCCCCUUUGUUAGCUGUAGAUCAGAAAUUUACCGGUAGAUGAGAUCAAAAGGCAGGAGUUAGUCAUCUGCGAUUGUUGUAAGCUAGGAAUGUUGAAGCGUUUACUUCAGCUGACAUAAAUUUGGGUUUCUCUUUUCCUGAAGCUGCACAAUUUACCAAAACAGAAUAAACUAUAGCAUUUUACAUAUAAAGAUUGAUGAUUGCCAGGGAGUGAGUCAUGUUAAUAAAAAAAACAUGUGAACCUCUAGAUAGGAUUAAGUUCAUUGUUUCAUACUUUCAUGAGGGUCACCAUUCUUCGAUAGUAUCCAGUUCUUCUUGUUUCUAUCUUUAUUUCUUUUCUGCUGUGCUUGUUUUAGUUCAACAAAUUUUCAAUGAAAUAUAACAAUGUUGAAUUCCAAGUUCUAAA